AUGGCUGCUCUCGUGGGAAGCUUGGUGCAAGAUUUGGUUGGUGCCGAGUCAGAAGCAGGAUCGGCGGAGUCUGCUUUUGUCGUGCCUGAAGUUGCGCCCAGCAAGGUUCAUGGUGUUCGAUCCAAGAAGAGCUCUGACUAUACUGAAAGACCAGAGACUACAACUGAGAUGUAUAUUACUGCUGUUGUUCCUGAACCCCUUGAACGGUACAUGCAUUGGCUUUUCCAACAACAAACACGGGAGACUUGGCUCAGCAAGAACCCCACAGAGCGUCCAUUGGUGGUACUCACUUCAACCAACAGUCCUGUACUCCGCGCUCUGCUUGAGUAUACUGAAGUGCUGAGAGAUCUUCCUGCCGACUCAGACACACUGUGCCACAUGAAGACAUUGACUGAGCAGGAGGCUCGAGACAUUGCCCAGGACCUCAUCAAUGCCGAGCAGUGCUGCCUAGAUGAAGGGUACUCAAUGCGGUUGCAAGGUGUAGCCGCCAGUUGCACGGACUUGCUGCCAGGUGGCAGACUGCACAAGUUUGGUGAACUUCUUUCGUAUCAGAAGCCUUUGAACGCUGAAAUCGAAGACAACUUUGCAAGGCAUCAGUCUUGUGCCAGAUCUGCCAGGGGUAAGCCUGUGGGUCUAGCAGCAAACUGCAGCAAACAUAUCUUAGCAGAGCUGAAGACAGACCAUGUCCGAAGACAGAGUCAGAGUGGCAAGCAGCACGCAAGCCGCCUGGUGGAUUUGGAUGGUGGGAUCACUUUUUCACCAGAGUCAUUGGCUGACUGGGCAAGGAGCACUAUGCAGCUUGCCCUGGGAACUGGCAGUGAUGCACUUCCUUUGGUAGACAAUGCCAUUGCCAAUGAUCCAAGCCGCCCUGCUACCAGUGCUCAGGGGCUGGCAGCCAUCAAUGCUUCUCUGAGUUGUGCCACGACAGUUUCCAAGCGAAAGCGGAAAAGACCUGUAGAAGACAUCAUUCAGGAGAUUGAGGCAGGGGCAACCAAGCCCAGCCAAAAUCAUCAAGUUCAAAAGAGAAAAAAGAAGCACAAUGGGUGGACUUUGCAUUUGGCCAACACCUGGAAGCAGAACAGCCGAAGGGCAGGAGAGUCCAAAAGAUCCAGGGCCCGACGAGUACUUGCCCAGGCUCAUCAAAGCUGGCAUGCAGCUUGGCAUAGUAUGGGGUGUGUAAUCAGAGUUUGUUUCCAGGGCUCCUGGAACUGCUGGUUCUAUUGCUAA